UCUCCCCCUCAGGAGUUCCCCCGGUCAGACCCAACCGAGCCCCGUUCUCCCCCUCAGGAGCUGCCCCCGUCUGACCCAACCGAGCCCCGUUCUCCCCCUCAGGAGCUGCCCCCGUCAGGCUCUGCCGAGCCCCGUUCUCCCCCUCAGGAGCUGCCCCCGUCUGACCCAACCGAGCCCCGUUCUCCCCCUCGGGAGCUGCCCCCGUCAGACCCAACCGAGCCCCGUUCCCCCCCUCGGGAGCUGCCCCCGUCAGACCCAACCGAGCCCCGUUCCCCCCCUCAGGAGCUGCCCCCGUCAGACCCAACCGAGCCCCGUUCUCCCCCUCGGGAGCUGCCCCCGGGCCGGCAGCUGCGGGUGCUGCUGACGCCGCUGCCCGAGGCGGCCUGGCCGCGGGCCCAGAAGCGGCUGCCGAGCCCCCGGGGCCCGGCCAGCAAGAGGCCGUGCCCGGAGGCGGAGAGCGGCCCCAGGGCAGCCCCCGGCUCCGCGGCCGGCCCCAGCUCUGAUGCCCGCGGCCAGGACGGGCUGUGGGAUGCGGACAGUGACGGCAGCGACGGGGGAGACGCGGUUCCCGAUGGAGACUCCCACCUAUCAGCCUAUGAAAGGAAAAGACUGAAGAACAUUACAGAAAAUGCUAAAUUCUUCGCUGCUCUGAAGCUGCAUGAGUCAGCUGCAAGGCUUAACCAACUUACAACUAAAAGGCGAUCUCGUAUCACUAAAAGAGCCAAGCCCAAGAAGGUGGAGGAUGAGCCAGCCCGGCGCCGAUCCAUGCGCCUGCUCCGGGUGCAGCCCACGGACCUCCCCUUGGUGGAGACGCUCGCCCAGCCAGCAGCAGAGGAAUAUCCCCAGGUUCCAGCUGGACCUUUGCCCAUGGUUCCAGAGGAUGAGGCAGAGAGCAGUGAAUGGACAGAGGCCUUACUGGGCACGUGGAUGAGGAUAAGUGAGCUGAACACAGACCAUGCUGACCGGGGCACACCUGACAUAAAGAGGUACCAGGAGAGCCUGAGCAGCAUGGUGCUGAGCGAGGGGAACGUCAGGAAGGUGGUGAAAGCCCGGGUGUGUUCCAUGGCCAUCCACCCUUCCCAAAGCACCAUCCUUGUGGCAGCUGGGGACAAGCUGGGGCACGUUGGCCUCUGGAAUGUGAGCUCCAGGUCUGAGGAGGGAGCCCACACCUUCACCCCCCACAGCUUCCAUGUCAGCUGCAUGCACUUCUCUCCCUGCAACCCUGCUCACCUGCUGUCCCUGAGCAACGACACUCUGCGCUGUGCCGAUGUCACCAGGGCUGUCUUCGACGAGAUCUGCAGGAGUGAGGAAGACUUCUCCUGCUUCGACUUCCUGGAGGAGAACGCGUGCACUGCCAUCGUGAGCUGCUGGGACGGAGCCGUGGCUGUGGUGGACAGACGGACCCCAGGGGUGUCCCCAGAGCUCUCUGCAGACAUUGGCUUCAGGAGGACUCGGACAGUGCACGUGCACCCCCUGAACAAACACUAUUUCCUGGCUGCUGGCUUGGUGGAUGUUUGUGUUUUCGACGUUCGGUACCUGAAGGCCAAGGGGAACAAGCCCCUGAGCUCUCUCAAAGGACACACCAAAAGUGUGGCCUCAGCCUAUUUCUCACCUGGCACUGGGAGCAGGGUGGUCACAGUGUGUGCUGAUGACAAGCUGAGGGUCUACGACACCACGUCCUUGUCAUCGUCUGUCACACUGCUCAGCUCCAUCAGACACAACAACAACACCGGCCGCUGGCUGACCCGCUUCAGGGCCAUCUGGGACCCCAAGCAGGAGCACUGCUUCCUGGUGGGCAGCAUGGCACAGCCCAGGCAGAUCCAGGUCUUCCAGGACACCGGGACCCUGCUGCACUCCUUCUGCAGCGAGGACUACCUGACCUCCGUGUGCUCCAUCAACGUGGUGCACCCCAGCCAGAACAUCCUGGUGGGAGGCAACUCCAGCGGCCGCCUGCACGUGUUCAAAUAGAAGUACCUAGCUCUUUACCUUCCUGCAUUGCCUUUGUUAAUUCCAUGUGGAGCAGCUCCCACACUGACUGUUGUUUCUCAGGACAGAAAUGUACUUUGAAAGUCUUAAAAUAAAUAGUUUAAAGGAC